AUGUCGACCCAAAAAUCAACAAAGCACAAGAAACAACAUCUGCCCGUAGAUUCAUCGGGAUCCUCGUCAGCACAGCGCCCAACAGGCAAAAAACGUCAAGUAUACGACACGCUCAAUGUCGGCCUGGAUGUAGUGGCCAACAUAUCCGAGGGAUCAGAUGUACUCGCUCCUCUCAAGGCAGCUUGUCGAACCACCAAGUCAAUUCUCGAAGUCGCAGCAGAGAUCAAUCAAGAGGAAUGGAUUGAUCUAGCUGGACGUUUGAAGGAAUACAUGUCUGCGCUCGAGAAACAAAUCACCCUAUUGGAGGCAUAUCCUGAGGAAGACAUGGCCGUUGACGAGGCGUUUAGGCAGCCGCUAAUCCACUAUGUCGAAUUUCUCGAAAAUAUGCACGAUACAAUUGUCGACCUGAAGGAGAAACGCAACCGCAGCAAGCUCAGCAUCUUUAAAGCGUUCAGCAAAAUGAAAAUUGACGCAGAAGAGAUUCGCAAACUCAAUCGAGACAUCGAGGACCGGCAUAGGCAAUUCAUGGAGGCCUUGAGUCUUUUUACAGCCUUGCGUAUUCAAAAUGUCGAGAGGAAUACCAAAGCCACCAAGGCGAACGUGGAGACCAUUCUUACAGACAUCGACGCCCAUGCUAUACUACAGCUACCGGUGGUAGCUUUCGUCGCAUCCUCAGUCCACAGCCCCUGUCUGAAAGGAACACGCGAGGCUGUUCUUCAGACCAUCUACCGCUGGGCCGACGAUGAUACGUCGGACAAGCCGAUAUUUUGGCUGUGUGAUAUCGCCGGCUCUGGCAAGUCCACAGUCGCAAUGUCUGCAGCAGAGACUUGGAGGAAGGAAGGAGUGCUAGGAGGCCGGUUCUUCUUCUCCAUUGCAAACAGUGAAGGAUCUACCACAGACAAGUUCUGCUCUACAAUAGCAAGAGACCUGGUCGACUACAUACCCAGGCUUGCGCCGCACGUCGCUGGAGCCGUGAAGCGGCACCCGUCGUUCAUGCGAAGCUCUCUAGAAGAACAGUUCCAGAAGUUCGUCAUUGAUCCCAUCCAUCAUAGUCAAGAACGUGUCAUUCUCGUCAUCGACGCUCUUGAUGAAUGUAAAUCUGGAUUGCAGCGAAGAGAGCUCGUCGAAACGCUUUCUACAGCUGUUCAAGGAACAAAAAACCUCAAGAUCUUCAUGACGAGUCGGCCAGAUCCCGUAAUCCAAGCCGUCUUGGGGUCACUCUCAAUCAAAUCCAAGUUGGAGGACCGACUGCACGAUGUCAAGCAUCAUGAUAACAUUGGUGAUAUCGCAGUGUACAUACACAAAGCACUAGACAACGUGCUGCCGGAGGACAAAAGGCAGAGACUGAUCGAAAAGGCCAACGGAUUGUUCAUCUGGGCGAGCACUGCAUGUCGAAUGCUCACCAGCCAGACAAGCUUAAGCCCUCCGGAGAUCACGUAUGAUCACCUCAUGUCCAUGGACAAGGCUGGGGCCAUAGACGAUCUAUAUAACCUCAUCUUUAUGCGCACGGAUCCCGAGUUCCACGCGAUCAUGUACAAGAUGCUCGCUGUAUUGCUUGCAGCGUUUGAGCCGCUGACUGCGGACGACGUGGACGACAUUCUCAAGCAUUCCGGGGUAUACGGAAGUGCAAAGGCACUGGUACGGAAUCUCGGCAGCGUACUUAUUGAGGAUGAUACCACGAGUCUAAUCCAAUUUCGGCACCCCACUUUCGUCGAAUACCUUCGGCGUUGCUCUGUUGCCCCACCCAUCAAUACGCAUAACAACGUGUAUAUCAGGAUUCCUGACGCACACAGCCAAGCCGCAGUUUGGUGUCUCAAACAUCUCACAUCGCGAAGAGAUGGUCUCAAGUUCAAUAUAUGUCAACUGGAGUCAUCUUUCUAUCUUAAUAGAGAGAUUCCAAACCUCGAUACGAGAGUAUCGAGAUUCAUUUCAAGACGCCUGCGAUAUGCCAGCUCUCAUUGGCUGUUCCAUGUGGCCGAAGCUGACGACAGCUGGCGGUCCAUCGUCAAGAAGGAAAUCCAACAGAUUAUUCAAGUUCCAUAUGUGUUAUACUGGAUGGAGGUUCUGAGCUUGACCGGAGGAGUGCCACGAGCAAUAACCGGUCUUCGAGCUAUUAAACGCCACGCAGGACUUGAAACAUGGGAUGAAGUCAGCACGGACCAAAUUCGACGGUUUAUAAUGGUAUUUUCAGUACCGAUUCAAGAGAGCGCCCCACACAUAUACAUUUCCGCACUCCCAUUCACCCCUACAAAUUCAAUAUUGCAUAUCGAGGGUGCGAAGAUGUAUAGUAAUACCCUCUGUGUAACCGAAGGCCUCGAGGAAAUGUAUCCUGGGCUCCCAAAUAGGCUUCGAGGUCAUGAGGGCGAGGUCAGCGCCGUCGGAUUCUCGCCAGACGGCUCACAGAUUGUGUCUGGCUCGUGGGACGACACAAUUCGAUUGUGGGACGCGGCAACUGGUCAGGCUCUGGGAGAGCCACUCCGAGGUCAUGAAGGCACAGUCAACGCCGUCGGAUUCUCGCCAGACGGCUCACAGAUUGUGUCUGGCUCGUCCGACAACACAAUUCGAUUGUGGGACGCGGCAACUGGUCAGGCUGUGGGAGAGCCACUCCGAGGUCAUGAAGGCGGAGUCAACGCCGUCGGAUUCUCGCCGGACGGCUCACAGAUUGUGUCUGGCUCGUCCGACAAGACAAUUCGAUUGUGGGACGCGGCAACUGGUCAGGCUGUGGGAGAGCCACUCCGAGGUCAUGAAGGCAGAGUCAACGCCGUCGGAUUCUCGCCAGACGGCUCACAGAUUGUGUCUGGCUCGUCCGACAACACAAUUCGAUUGUGGGACGCGGCAACUGGUCAGGCUGUGGGAGAGCCACUCCGAGGUCAUGAAGGCAGAGUCAACGCCGUCGGAUUCUCGCCAGACGGCUCACAGAUUGUGUCUGGCUCGUGGGACAAGACAAUUCGAUUGUGGGACGCGGCAACUGGUCAGGCUGUGGGAGAGCCACUCCGAGGUCAUGAAUUGGACGGCUCACAGAUUGUGUCUGGCUCGUUCGACAACACAAUUCGAUUGUGGGACGCGGCAACUGGUCAGGCUGUGGGAGAGCCACUCCGAGGUCAUGAAGGCACAGUCAACGCCGUCGGAUUCUCGCCAGACGGCUCACAGAUUGUGUCUGGCUCGUGCGACAACACAAUUCGAUUGUGGGACGCGGCAACUGGUCAGGCUGUGGGAGAGCCACUUCGAGGUCAUGAACAUUGUGUCUCCGCCGUCGGAUUCUCGCCAGACGGCUCACAGAUUGUGUCUGGCUCGUGGGACAACACAAUUCGAUUGUGGGACGCGGCAACUGGUCAGGCUGUGGGAGAGCCACUUCGAGGUCAUGAAAAUGGGGUCAACGCCGUCGGAUUCUCGCCAGACGGCUCACAGAUUGUGUCUGGCUCGUACGACAACACAAUUCGAUUGUGGGACGCGGCAACUGGUCAGGCUGUGGGAGAGCCACUUCGAGGUCAUGAACAUUGGGUCUCCGCCGUCGGAUUCUCGCCAGACGGCUCACAGAUUGUGUCUGGCUCGUACGACAACACAAUUCGAUUGUGGGACGCGGCAACUGGUCAGGCUGUGGGAGAGCCACUCCGAGGUCAUGAAGGCAGAGUCAACGCCGUCGGAUUCUCGCCAGACGGCUCACAGAUUGUGUCUGGCUCGUGGGACAAGACAAUUCGAUUGUGGGACGCGGCAACUGGUCAGGCUGUGGGAGAGCCACUCCGAGGUCAUGAAGGCAGAGUCAACGCCGUCGGAUUCUCGCCAGACGGCUCACAGAUUGUGUCUGGCUCGUGGGACAACACAAUUCGAUUGUGGGACGCGGCAACUGGUCAGGCUGUGGGAGAGCCACUCCGAGGUCAUGAAGGCACAGUCAACGCCGUCGGAUUCUCGCCAGACGGCUCACAGAUUGCUGUGGGAGAGCCACUCCGAGGUCAUGAAGGCACAGUCAACGCCGUCGGAUUCUCGCCAGACGGCUCACAGAUUGUGUCUGGCUCGUCCGACAAGACAAUUCGAUUGUGGGACGCGGCAACUGGUCAGGCUGUGGGAGAGCCACUCCGAGGUCAUGACAAUUGGGUCAACGCCGUCGGAUUCUCGCCAGACGGCUCACAGAUUGUGUCUGGCUCGUGGGACAACACAAUUCGAUUGUGGGACGCGGCAACUGGUCAGGCUGUGGGAGAGCCAAUCCGAGGUCAUGAAUAUGGGGUCAACGCCGUCGGAUUCUCGCCAGACGGCUCACAGAUUGUGUCUGGCUCGUGGGACAAGACAAUUCGAUUGUGGGACGCGGCAACUGGUCAGGCUGUGGGAGAGCCACUCCGAGGUCAUGAAGGCACAGUCAACGCCGUCGGAUUCUCGCCAGACGGCUCACAGAUUGUGUCUGGCUCGUCCGACAACACAAUUCGAUUGUGGGACGCGGCAACUGGUCAGGCUGUGGGAGAGCCACUCCGAGGUCAUGAAGGCAGAGUCAACGCCGUCGGAUUCUCGCCAGACGGCUCACAGAUUGUGUCUGGCUCGUGGGACAACACAAUUCGAUUGUGGGACGCGGCAACUGGUCAGGCUGUGGGAGAGCCACUCCGAGGUCAUGAAGGCAGAGUCAACGCCGUCGGAUUCUCGCCAGACGGCUCACAGAUUGUGUCUGGCUCGUGGGACAAGACAAUUCGAUUGUGGGACGCGGCAACUGGUCAGGCUGUGGGAGAGCCACUCCGAGGUCAUGAAGGCACAGUCAACGCCGUCGGAUUCUCGCCAGACGGCUCACAGAUUGUGUCUGGCUCGGAAGACAACACAAUUCGAUUGUGGGACGCGGCAACUGGUCAGGCUGUGGGAGAGCCAAUCCUCGGUCAUGAACACACAGUCAGCGCCGUCGGAUUCUCGCCAGGCGGAUCACAGAUAGUCUCCGGCUCGUGGGACAAGACGAUCCGAUCAUGGGAUGCAGAAACAGGUGAGUUCAACUCAGCUCGCCUUCGAGAUUGUGAUGCGACUCGACAAAUAGCCUUGAGUGCAAACGCAAAUUCUUCUGGUAAAGAGUCUGUAUAUUCAAGCCUCAGUGAGGAUCUACCGGCCACUCCUCUAAGAAUCCAUGUACCUGGAUUCCAAAUUUGCUUACUCUCGCAGGACGGCUGGGUACAUUCUUCCGGCAAACGUCUCUUCUGGGUACCACCAGACAAUCGACACGGACUAAAAUAUCCAUAUCUCCUGACAAUUCCAAACGAGGCUCCAUUCCGCAAGACCAAGUUUGAUUUCACCAAUUUUCAAUGUGGUCUCUCUUGGACAAAUGUUCGAACAAAUGUCCCAUAA